AUGCUUGAAAACUUACAGUUUAAAAAAGAAGAAGAAAGAAAGAAAUUCGCCGAAAAGCAACUGAAAGAAGAGGAGGCUGAAAGACAAAGAUUACAGAAAGAAGCAGAAGAAAGAGCUAAUCAGCGUCGCAUCUUUGAAGAAGAGAAAAUUAAGAAUCUAAUAUGUCGUGAAAAAAUAGAGAAUUUGAAGAAAUCAGACUUAGGACAAAUGAUUGAAAAAUCAGAACUAAAUGAAUUAUCGUCUGUCGAUCCAGAAAGCUUACUUGCUAAGCAAAUUGAAUAUGCCAGACGUGAAAAGAAAGAAUUUCAGACCAGAUUACGUAAACAAGAAAGAACCAUUAACCACAUGGAACGAGCUAAAAGAAUUGAAGAAAUACCAUUACUUAAACAAGAGCACGAAGUUGAUAAAAUUAAAGCUCUUGAAAUGUGGGAAUGUGACGAAAAAUGUAGAAUUCAAACACUUUAUGAAGAACGAUCCCAAAAGGAAAAAGAAAAACGGUUGCUAGAAAGAGCGGUGCAAAGAAAAGCUGAGCGGCGAAGGAUAUGGUUGGAACAAAAGGAACAGUUAGAAAAAGAUAAUGAUAAACAUUUUAAGUUUGUCAGGAGACGUGAAACAAAGAAUAAUGCGAAGUCAAGCAGAGAAAGAUCAACUAAAAAAUCUCCAAGAUGCGAAAAUUUUCCUGAAUUUCGGAAUGAGCAAAAUUAUUUGUCACCCAACCGGUCAUAUCAAGCAAAAAUAAAUAUUUCCAAUGACAACUCAACUCGAUCUUUACCGCUCAGGGACAAUAAAGUUCAUAUGUUCAAUAACCAUUCAGAGAGAAGGUAUGACUCCCAAGCAAAUAAUUCUAUUGAAAAAGACAAAAAUAUGCAUAAAAAACUUCAACCGAAAUAUCACAUUUUGAAGAGAAAUGAAAAUCCAUUUCCUGGCAAUAGAGUUGCAAAAGAACAUCCUCUUCCAAUAUGGUGCACGAGUUCUAAUUCGAGGAAUGAUUCUACGAAUUUUCAAAAACCAUUCUACGGAUAUGUCGAUAAUUCAACGUUCGUUUUUUCAAACAGAAUAUCGACACCAUCCAUGUUAGAACCCAACUCAAAAUAUAUGUAUUCUCAAAAAUAUUGCCAAGAGAAUUGCUCGAAAAGCAGAAACACAUUACCAAAUACUUUACUAUAUAAGAAAAACAUGAAUUCUGAUCUUGAUCAAGAUUCAGUUGACAAAGUUGGCAAACAUGAAGAUGAGACGGAUCAGCCAAAUAUAAGGAAAAAUAUAAAAUAUGAUGUAAGACAUUCAUGUACACCUUGGGCCAAAUUGAGCCGUGCAAAUAACAAAACAUAG